AGUCUUCCUUUCCGGGGGUAGUAGAUCCUGCUGGAUUUGCUUUUGCUUACACUGAAUUUUAUAUGUGCAAAAUUUCUUAGAGCAGUGCAAAUACAUUUUUGUUCUGGUGAAAAAAUAACAUACGAAUGAAAAGUAAAUACAUUAAUGGUGCAAUCUCAAAAGAGGGGAGAAAAAUAUCUAUGGAAAGAGAAUGAAAGAAUGUUCCUUACGCAUUCAUAUGUGAAAUGUGUAAAUUGGAAUGAUUUGACCUGUUCCUAGUAUGAAACAUAGUUGUGAGUUAUCCCCAGUCUGAAGCGGAGGGAGAGAGCGGAAUAGUUUCGCUCGUUUAACACAUUUGUAUGAAAUUACUACAUCAUGAUGGGGGUAUAGUUAAUACUAAGUACGCCAUCUGGCGUAGACAUAUUUGCACGUUUAUUACGUAGUUAGAGGAUUCCCUAACGCAUAUGGAACCGGUCAAAAGUACCUAUUGAAAGACAAUUUUCAAAAUAUUUAUCGGCGCUGUUGCAGUUAUGGAUUGAGACUCUGGAUGCCGCUGUGCACCAGUGAGCGGAGAAAUGCAGUCAGAGACCCAGCCUAGCCCAGCCGCAGCUCAGAGCGCUAGGACACUAGAACGGAGCCUUCACAUUCACGGCUGCAGGAAUGAAACCCGCAGCGAAUUGUUACUUGAACUAGUAUCUCCAAAACCAGACCAAUAAACGUUUCGGCGCCGGGGAUUGCGAUUCUGCGAUUUCUAGUUCAGAGAUCUGGAAAUGGCGGCUAAAGCCGGGCUGGGCAGCGCACCAGGGCGGUCUCUGGUCUGCUUUGCUUUGCUUAUCGCUUGGCAGACAGUGGCUGGGGAAAUUCGCUACUCGAUUCCUGAGGAAAUGCAGAAAGGCUCUUUCGUGGGAAAUCUCCUAAAGGAUCUGGGACUGGAUCUACAGGAGCUCCCAGACAGCGGAGUCCGUAUUGUUUCCACAGGUAGGACUCCCUAUUUUGCUCUGAAUCUUAAGAGCGGCCAUUUAAUCGCCACAGAGAGAAUGGACAGAGAGCAAAUAUGUGGCCAGCUAGAGAGGUGUCUGUUGCAUCUAGAGGUUCUUGUUGAGGAUAAAGUGAGGCUUGUCAUAGUGGACGUUGAAAUAACGGAUAUUAACGACAAUGCGCCCCGCUUCCAGGAAGCUCAGUUCGAAUUUAGAAUCAGUGAGUUAACCGCCGUGGGAACCCGGUACCCGCUGGAGGAGGCGCAGGAUCCGGACGUGGGCACCAAUUCCCUGCAGGGGUAUCAGCUCAGCAGCAACGAGCACUUCUCUCUGGAGGCGCAGGCGGGAGCCGAUGCGGACGGACACCUGGACCUGGUGCUGCAAAAGCCUCUGGACCGGGAAGAACGAGCCGUUCACGAUCUAAUCCUCACAGCCACGGACGGGGGGGAUCCCGUCAGGUCCGGCACCGCGCGGGUCCGCGUCGUUGUCCUGGACGCCAAUGACAACGCGCCAGCUUUCAGCCAGCCGGUCUAUACAGUGAGUGUUCUGGAAAACGUGCCCGUCGGGUCCCUGCUGCUGACAGUGAACGCCACCGACCCGGACGAAGCGAUGCACUCGGCGCUCACCUACUCGCUCCGGAAACUGAAAGACAAAGCGUCGCAGGUGUUCCGCGUGGACGCCAGAACGGGAGAAAUAUCGACGGCGGGGAACCUGGACUAUGAGGAAGCUGCGUCGUAUGAGAUGGAGGUUCAAGCCAAGGACAGUGGAGACCUCUCGGCCAGGUCCAAAGUCCUGGUUACUGUGAUCGAUGUCAAUGAUAACGUUCCCACCAUCACAAUGACGUCUCUCUUCAGCUCAGUCAGGGAGGACAGCCCGCCUGGAACACUGAUUGCGCUACUGAACAUCAGAGAUGAAGAUUCAGGUCGGAAUGGAGAGGUCACGUGCUCCAUCGCAGCCAAUCUGCCGUUCCGCUUGCAGAAGACAUUGGACAAUUACUACAGCUUGGUGACUGACAGAGCCCUGGACCGGGAGCGGGUCUCGGGUUACAAUGUGACGGUCACAGCCACAGACCGCGGGACUCCCCCGUUAUCCUCCACCACAAGCAUCUCAGUGCAACUUUCGGACAUAAACGACAACGCGCCCAUCUUCAGCCAGACAUCCUACACUGUGUCCAUCCCCGAGAACAACCCCAGCGGGGCCUCCGUGUGCUCCGUGAGGGCCACUGACCGCGACUGGGGGGAGAACGCCCGAGUGACUUACUCUCUGCUGGAGGGCGAGGGCCGCGAAGCUCCGCUCUCCUCCGCCGUGUCCAUUAACUCGGAGACCGGGGCUGUGUACGCGCUGCGCUCCUUCGACUACGAGCAGCUGCGGGAGCUUCGGUUCCGGGUGCAGGCUCGGGACGGGGGGUCCCCGCCGCCCCCGCUGGUGGCCCGGCGGCUCCGGCGGUGGCGCGAGUCGCAGCUGUUGGACUCCUCGAGUGGGACUUUCAGCGGAGUUCCCGUCUCGCACUUCGUGGGCAUCGAUGGGGUCAGAGCGUUUCUCCACUCCUACUCCCAGGAGGCGUCGCUCACCGCGGGCUCUAGAAAAAAGCAGCCCUCGUUUCCUAAUGUCAGUUGUUCAAAUACUCUCACGGGUCAGAAUUCGUCUGAGAAGCUUGGGCCUCUUCUAGUGGGAGACCUUUCAAAUAUCGAUACUGUCGAUCAAGUCUCCCUUCAGCUCUUCCAGGCAAGGUGGACCAAUGAAUGCAAAGGUUCCGACGCAUUUCCAUCACCCGCUCUGUACCUGCCUCCAGGCUUUGAUAUUAUCGUUCGAGCUGAAGUUCUCCAGCAGAGACUCACGGUGUCGCUGUUGGCCAACGCCGUGAGGCGCUAA